AGGGACCACCACCACCACCCUCCCCACCUGCUGCUGACCACCCGGGCUGACCAAGAGGGACCACCACCACCACCCUCCCCACCUGCUGCUGACCACCGGGGCUGACCAAGGAACAUCAAGACACGGACGCCAUUACUGAUGGAGCGCGCAGCAAGAACACGGAAGGAAACAACAGGAGAUGGUGGUGCAGGUGUAGGGGCGCCACACCAGGCAGCAGGUGUGAGCAUGGGGUGUUGUGGGCUCGCCACACGUGUCGCCACAGCCAAGGUCAAUGGGAAGGAGUUGGCGCCCCCCGUCACUGACGACUUCGAUGGCCCACUUAAAAACCGCGUCUGCCGAGAUGUCAUCUUUCUCAUCCUCUUUAUCGCCUUUGUCGUCGGCACAAUCGCCUUCUUGGGGUACGUGGGCACAAAGAGCGACCCACAGCGUAUCAUCCAUGGCUACGACAAGCAUGGCAAUGUCUGUGGCAAGAAGAACAAGCCAUACUUCAACAUCUCUAGUUCAGGACAGGACUUCACCGCACAACCGUUCCUGCAACUGGGCUUCGGCAUCCCAACAGCUGAUGAUUACGUAACCGGGGAUGUUACAACCAGGUCCUGCGCGGCCACCUGCCCAAACAGCUCGACAGUGAUUGGUUACAUGUGUCUCCCGAUCAACUUCAGUGACACUGCCAACAAGACCAACGCUAUUACUCAGAUCUUGUUUGGGGUGAGCCUUAACAACUUCUUCCAGCGUGCUGGACGGGACCUGCAUGCGACGUGGCGCGAGAUGUUGAUCAUGUGUGCAGUCGCCUUUGCCAUUGCUGUCGUCAUCACUAUCCUCCUCAGGUUUCUGGCACAGGUAGUGGUGUGGCUGUCUGUGAUCAUCAUGAUAGUUGGCAGCAUUGGUGGCACCGCCUACUUAUGGGUCCUCUGGCACAAGAACACUAACAACUUGAAGAACAUGCAGAACAACUCGUCAAGCUCAAAUGCUUAUGAAAUAAAAGUGACACAAAACUACAUACAAUCCUUGCUCAUUGGGGCAAUUGUGUCGACUAUUGUUACGGUGCUGUUUCUUAUCAUUUUAAUAGCAAUGAGAAAUCGCAUAAAGCUGGUGAUCGCCCUCUUCAAGGAGGCGGGAAAGGCUGUUGCCUCCAUGCCGCUCAUGCUCCUCCAGCCGAUCUGGACAUUCCUGUGGCUGGCGCUGGUGUGCGCACUAUGGGUGUUGGGCUGGAUCAUUAUAGAGUCCUCGGGUGACCCUAACAAGUACUACAAUACCAUAGUCUUUGUUAUAAACGACUUCAUUAAAUAUAUGCGUAUCUACCACAUAUUUGCCAUCUUGUGGAUCACACAGUUCCUCCUGGCCUGUCAGGACGUCACCAUUGCCGGCGCUGUUGCCCAGUGGUACUUCACCAGGAACAAGAAGGAGCUGGGUUGGCCCAUUGCAGAGAGCAUGCAUCGGAUGUUCCGCUACCACCUGGGCUCCAUUGCACUCGGCUCCCUCAUCAUUGCCAUUGUUAAGUUUAUACGGCUCAUUCUCAAGUACAUUGAGAGGAAGUUAAAUGGCAACUCAAACCAGGUUUGCUCCUUCAUGCUCAAGUGCUGUCAGUGCUGCCUCUGGUGCUUUGAGAAAUUCCUGAAAUUUCUCUCGAGGAAUGCUUACAUAGAGAUUGCCAUUUACGGGUAUGGGUUCUGCAAGGCAGCGCAACAGGCCUUCGUUCUUCUGGCCGCCAAUGCCCUCAGGGUGGUUGCUAUCAACUCAGUUGGGACCUUUGUCCUGUUUCUGGCCAAGGCAUCUGUCGUCAUCUGUACUGUCCUAAUUGGUUUCCAAAUUUUAAAGACCAAGCCCGAGCUGUCAUACGUGUGGGUUCCACUCCUCCUCAUCGCUAUAUUUUCCUUCUUCAUCGCCCACUGCUUUAUCUCCGUCUAUGAGAUGACAAUUGACACGCUGUUUCUGUGCUUCUGUGAGGACUGUGAAAAGAAUGAUGGCAUCCAGCGACCCUACUACAUGAGCAAGGGUCUCAUGAAGUUUGUAGAAAACAGCAAGCAGGCAAUGGACAUACUGGAGAAUCCUCAGCAAAAGCAGGAGCAACCUUGGACAACCAAUGUGCAGCCCAGCUCUGGUCAGAUGUAUCCAGCUCAAUAUCUGUCACCAUCCCACGCCGCUGGAGGGAUUGCGCCCCUCUAUCCUGCCUACCCGCCCCUCUCUGCCCCUCCUUCCCCCUCAAACUUCUUCGCUCGUGGCACCUCCUAACUAGUGAGGAUGGAAGUGUGGGACAGCAAGACUCGUGAGGACAGAAGCAUGAAAUGGCAAUAUAAAAUAUUACAGAAGAUAUGGAAGUCCAUGGAUACAUUGAAAUUAACACGAGGAUAUGUUCAUCUGGUAGCCAUGCAUGUUAAGGUCUGCCAUGACGAUUGUCGAGCUAUAUUUUUCUAGACCAAAUCGUCACACAGGAUAUAAAAUUGCCAAGUUUUAUAUCUGUAUUUUGUAGAGAUGCAGGAAACCAAAACUGGUAUGUGCAGGUAGGUCAGUUAUCUGGUCACUAGUCGUUAAUGGAGUAUUGUCUUGAGCAAGUGGGAGGUAAGCAAGAUAUGGAAGCGUGGCUUUGGAGUGGUCAGCCACCAGUGCCACCACCACUUGUGGUGCUCGUGAAGGCCUCCACAAAUUAUUAGUGCCUCCUUUCGUAUACCUUUACCUAUUUUUAAGUCAAUUUUAUUGAUCUCUUUUUUUUAUUAAAAAAAAUUAUGCUCUAAUUUUUAUAUUAAAAUUUAUAUUUUUUAUUAUAUGCUUUAUUCACAAUACAAUAGAUGUAGUGCAUGUAAUGCAUGUACUACAUCAUUCUUAAUCCUGUUCCAUAUAUAUAUAAUCAAAGUGAGUAGUGUAUUUUAUACUUUAUAAAUUGUGUUGAUGCUGUAUAAUUGUGUGCUGUAUAUCACAAGAUGUCUGUGCAACUUGAGACAAUAAUUUGUCUUGAAAUUGUUUAAUUUUCAACCAAAAUUUAAUUUAAUUUUAAGGUCUCUGUAAAUUUCAAAAUCUAAAUUUUUUGAUGGACAAGAAAUGUGAUAAUAAUUAUAAUUAACUACUACAGAAUAAGCAUGUUAAAAAUACAUUGGUACUUUCAAUCACGCUAUCUGGGCUUGAAGUCACUGUCUCCUGAUCUUGGGCUCAUCACUCUCUCCACUCAGCCAGGGACACCAUAACAAAAUUUGAACUUAAAGAUCCCCCAAGGAAUCUGCCAACAUUGAUGUCAAGGUAUCACAGCUUUUAUCCAAGAUGAAAGUUGACAUUAUUUGUAAGUUACAUUUUGCUUUUAAGGGAUUUGUGAAAUGUGAGAUAGACAGUGUUAGCAUUAAUGGAGUGGAAGGCACAGGGCAGGGCUGAGGUCAGGGAACCUAAUGUCAAUUAUAUUCUGCUUCAUUCUAGUUGAUGUAGUGUUUGAUUAUUGCAGACUCUGAACAUUGGCUCCUAACGUUUUCUUCUUUGGUGUGUGUGUGUGUGUGUACUCACCUAAUUGUGCUUGCGAGGGUUGAGCUCUGGCUCUUUGGUCCCGCCUCUCAACCGUCAAUCAACUGGUGUACAGAUUCCUGAGUCUACUGGGCUCUA